AUGGCUUACAAAAUUAGCAACAUUUAUGUUAUCACGGCUUUCCUAGUUAUCGGAGGUCUGCUCCAAGGCUUUGAUAUAUCGUCACUCUCAGCAAUCCUUAGCACGAAGCCAUUCAAAGAGAGAUUUGACAGUCCAACAGCUGAUCAGCAAGGCGGUAUUACUGCCAGCAUUUCUGGCGGCUCUUUCCUAGGAUGCCUAGUCAAUAUGUUUGUGGUUGACAGGUUUGGGCGCAGGCAUACCUUAAUGGCAGGGUGCAUUAUCUUCAUCUUCGGGUCCAUUAUAUGUACGGCCAGUAUCGACAUUGCAAUGUUGAUAGUCGGCAGGCUACUCUGUGGGGGAGCGGUUGGCAUGUUCACUUCUACUGGGCCACUCUUUCUAGCUGAGCUGUCGCGUCCAGAAACAAGAGGUCGUAUCUUGAGUUUCCAACAAUGGAGCAUUACUUGGGGAGCCCUCAUCAUGUAUUACAUCACUUUUGGGACGUCUUACACCAAGACAGAGGCGGUAUUCCGAGUGCCGUGGGCAGUGCAAAUGUUUCCUGCCCUCGUUCUAUUUACUGCCCUCUUCUUCAUUCCUGAGUCGCCACGCUGGCUCGCCUCUCGGGACAGAUGGGAGGAUGCUCUGGCUGUGCUUGCCAGCAUUCAUGGACAAGGCAACCACCAAGCUCCGAUUGUGCAAGCUCAAUAUGCCGAGAUUCGGGAUUCGAUGGCCGUUGCGGAAUCGCAAGGCAAAGUCAAAUGGGCCGAGUUAGUCCAUCGUGACAACAUCCUCCGCAUUUCGAAUGGAAUCUUUGUCCAUAUCUGGACGCAGCUGAGCGGCAAUAACGCAUUGUUAUACUACAUCGUCUACAUCUUCCAGAUGGCUGGUCUUACUGGCAAUGUCAAGCUCAUCGCGUCAAGCGUCCAGUAUAUCAUUAACGUUGUGUUCACUUUACCGGCCAUUCUGUUUCUGGAUCGAAUCGGUCGACGCCCCGCCCUUAUUGGAGGUGCGUUCUUCAUGAUGGUAUGGCUGUAUUCUGCAGCAGGCGUCAUGGCACAGUACGGUCAUUAUGUACCCGGCGGCUUUGAUGGGUCAAGCGCGGUAACCUGGACGAUGAAUGAUGAUGCAAAGUCAGCCAAAGCUGCCGUCAUUGCGUUUACCUAUCUCCUGGUUGCAACAUACAGUUUCACCUGGGCUCCCAUAUCCUGGUGUUAUCCAUCAGAGAUUUAUCCCAUUCGUCUACGAGGCAAGGCCGUAUCAAUCGCAACGUCUGCUAAUUGGAUAUUGGGCUUUGCCAAUAACUAUUAUACACCCCCAGCCUUUCAAAACAUCCAGUGGAAAACAUUCAUCAUUUUUGGCACAUUCAACGUUGUCGCAUGUCUGCACGCGUUCUUCUUCUUUCCAGAGACGAAGCAAAGAAGCCUAGAAGAUAUUGACGAGCUCUUUGCUACUGGGGUUAAGCCUUGGAAGUCUAGCACCCUGCCGAAGUCUGACAGGCUGCACCGGUUGGUGGAAGAGGCAGACAAAGGGAAGCUUCAGCUUGACGUAAAUGAAGUUUGA